AGUGGUCCCCUGGUACCCAUGACCUUUACUGUCUCUGAAGGCCAAGAAACGGGUCAAGUCAUUUUUCAGUUUAAAGCCGGACCUUCUGCUGUGAAUUUCAAAGUAACUGGGGAUACAGAUGGAAUAUUUCAGAUACAACAAGAUGGACUUCUGUAUUGUGAGAAAAGCCUGGACAGGGAGAAAAGAGCCGUUCACAUACUCCAGGUCUCAGCCCUGAACGCCCAGGGAGAUAUAGUUGAGGGUCCAGUUAACAUCACCAUAGAAGUGAAGGACAUCAAUGACAACAAACCUCAAUUCGUUUUAAAAAAGUAUGAAGGCUCAGUAAGACAGAAUUCUCGUCCAGGAAAACCCUUCAUGUAUGUAAAUGCCACUGAUUUGGAUGAUCCAGACACGCCUUAUGGCCAGCUUUUUUAUAAAAUUAUGCUCCAACUUCCCAAGAUGAACGACAUCAUGUAUUUUCAGAUCAACAACAAAACUGGGGCAAUUUCACUUACCCGAGACGGAUCUAAGGAUUUGGAUCCCGCUAAGAAUUCUCAUUACCAGCUGGUAGUUACUGUGAAGGAUAUGGGAGAUCAGGAAGAAAAUUCUUUCAGUGACAAUGUAGAUGUGGAAAUCACAGUGUUGGACAAUAUUUGGAAAGCACCAGAACCUGUGAAGAUUGUAGAGAACUCAGCUGAGCCUCACCCCAUGAAAAUCACUCAGGUCCGGUGGAAUGAUCCAGGCGCAUUUUACAGCUUAGUUGAAAAGGAAAAGCUGCCCAGGUUUCCGUUUUCAAUUGACCAGAACGGGGAUAUUUAUGUGACUGAGCCCUUGGACCGAGAAGAAAAAGAUUCCUAUGUUUUUUAUGCAGCUGCAAAGGAUGAGCAUGGAAAUCAUCUUGCACGUCCUCUCGAAGUGAAAGUGGAAGUUGUAGACGUAAAUGAUAAUCCACCUUCUUGUCCCUCUACCCGGACUGUAUUUGAGGUCCAGGAGAAUGAAAAUAUAGCGAAUUAUAUUGGGAAAUUCAUUGCCCAUGACAUAGAUGAAGAAAACAGUAUGAACAGUCUUUUAAAAUACAAGAUUGUGGAUCAGACCCCCAAACAUCCUAGAGAAGAUCUCUUCUUGAUGCAGGAAUACACCGGAAUAAUACAGUUAGCUACACAGCCCUUGAAGAAGCAAGACUCUCCGCAGUACAAUCUGACAAUAGAGGUGUCUAACCAAGAAUUCACCACGCUCUGUCAUGUGGAAAUCAACGUCAUUGAUAUCAAUGAUCAGAUCCCCAUCUUUGAAACAUCAGAUUAUGGAAACCUGACUCUCCCUGAAGACACGCCGAUUGGAUCCACCAUCUUAGUCAUCCAGGCCACAGACUCUGAUGAGCCUUUCACUGGGAGUUGGAAGAUCCUGUAUCAAAUUGUAGAGGGAGACCCUGAGGGCCAGCUGGACAUUGAGACAGAUCCCAUUACGAACGCUGGCUCUGUCAUAGUUAAAAAGCCUCUUGAUUUUGAGACAACACCCAUUCACAAUAUCCGGUUCAAAGCAGAAAAUCCAGAACCUCUGGUGAAGAGUGUACAGUACAAUGACAGCUCUUAUGCCACGUUCCGGCUUUUCGUGACCAACAUGAAUGAAGCACCUUGGUUUUCCCAACUUGUGUAUCAAGAAAGCGUCAGUGAGGAUGUGCCGAUAGGUACUAAAGUAGGCGAAGUGAUUGCAAAGGAUCCGGAAGGUCUGAACAUAAGUUAUGCACUGAGAAAUGACAAGGAUGGAUGGCUUAGAAUUGACCCCUUCACCGGCGAGAUCUUUAGUGCAGCUAACUUGGACAGGGAAACUCACAAUCCAUAUCGAGUGCAAGUGGUGGCCACUGAAACAGGUGGCUCUGCCCUGAGCACUACAGCGGAGUUCCACCUGGACCUUCGGGACGUGAACGACAAUGCCCCCCGGCUGGCCAAGGAUUACAACGGCCUGUUCUUGUGCCACCCCCUCCAAGCCCCUGGAAGUGUCAUCUUUCAGGCCACCGAUGACGAUGCGCCGCCUUAUCGGGGUUUCCAGUUCACAUUUUCCCUGGGCAGCGACUCCCUUAAGAACACCUGGGAGGUUUCCAAAAUCAACGGGUCAUAUGCCAAAGUUUCCACCAAGCACACAAACUUUGAAGAGAAAGUUUAUAAUAUUCCAAUCCGCAUCAAUGAUAAUGGCAAUCCACCUAUGGAAAGUACCGUCAAUUUGCCAGUAACUUUCUGCAAGUGUGAGGAAGGAAGUUGUUACCGGCCAGUAGGUCAGCAGCCUGGAAUUCCCACUGUGGGCAUGGCAGUAGGCAUACUCCUGGUCACCUUUUUGGUUAUUGGUAUAAUUUUAGCAGUUGUGUUUAUCCGAAUAAAGAAGGACAAAAAUCAAGAUAAUGAAAAUGCGAAUGCAUCUGAAAUCAAACCUCUGAGAAGCUGAAUUUUUAAAAGAAUGUUUUUAAUAUCAAUACUAUUUUAAUACCGUACCCACUACUAUUUCAGUAACAACCAUUAUAUCCAAUCAUUUUGCUUUUCACAUGACAUAUACACUAGAGGGGGUUAUUUUUUUUACAGAUAUUUACUCUUGCCCUUCAGUAUUUUAUUAUUGAGUAAAUAAGAUUCAAUAAUUUACAAUAAGAUAUAAGAUUUUCCCCCAUGACAUAUUUCACCUCUGCAAAAGCCUUAGCUAUUUAUCCAAAACUAAAAAUGUUGGUUUUCUUUAUGGAGAGAAAGAUGAACUAAUGAAUUAUUUGGUUCAUAUUUUCUUCAUCCAGGAGAUUUAUCAGCUGUCUAGCACAUAAUUGUUUAUUCCAUUUGUGUUUUUUCUGAUCACACCUUGUGUUCCCAAUCUCCAUGACUCCUUUGGUUAUUUAAUAACUCCUUUGGUUAUUAGAUAAAUAAUUGGUUAUUUAGCAAUUCUAACAAAUUUAUUGGAAAAAAAGCAAAAUGAAGCCUUGGCGGGGGGAGAGUGAAGAGGAAAUUUAUCCAUAGUUUAAACAGAAAUUCUUUGAUUUUUUUUUUUGGUAGAGUUCCAUGUGGAUUGUUUUUUGAGAUUUUUCCACACUGAUCUCUGCAUAAUCUGUGAUACACAUGUAUUAUUCCUACUUCAUAAAGCCUGAGUACAGAAACCAACCAUCAGGUUUACUUGCUACCUAUCAUGCUUACAUGCUACGCAUGUUGUCUUUAUGUGUAUAUUAAUAAAGUUUUGGUUAUUGUAUAUUUAAUGUGUGUAAGGAAAUUAAGAAAGCAUGAGAGAAGUAGUGACAAAAAUCAAAAUAAACUUUGGCUUUGGUUGUUUUCCAGACGGUUUUGUCUCUGCUUCCUAGGUUGUUUAUUUAUUAAGAGAGAGACUGGCUAACAAUGGCAACAUGCUGUUUAAUAAAAUUGCUCCCCAUGCAGAAUUAGCCCAAGAAGAAGAGGAUAUAAAAUGAAAUAAAAUUUUAUGAUGAUUAUGACCACAGAUUUAGUUGCUCAGAGUAAAUGCAGAGGGAAUUAAAAACUUAUUAGGAGGUGGUUCAAAAUGGAGGCAUAGGAAGAUUUUCUGAAUUCAUCAAACAAAUCGUUACGAACAAUGACUGAACAUAAACUAAGAAUCUUUCCCACAACAAGUAUAAAGUAAUGUAACUCUAGAGAUUUUUAGGGGGAUAAUCUGGUUGGGGAAGAUAACUCCUUCGGUACUGAGCAACACCCAGUGCAGUGCCUCCAGGGGUCACCCCAGGGGUGCUCAAGGGGAGUAUACAUUUGGCAGCAAUCAAACUUGGGUCUCCCAUAGUGAACGCCAACCCUUUCCGGGAGCCAGCUCCCAAUUCAAGUGGAAAUAAUGCUGUGUUCAUUUAUAACUCAAUAAAAGGGAGGCUUGUGUCAUUAACAAAUAAGUUUUUUAACGUUAAGAUAAUAAGUAGUGUUUGAAACUUCAAAAAGUAAAUAAAUAAAUUUAAAUUAGAGAAUGUUGGUGGUUUAGAAGCAUUUCUAGGCUGAUGCCCAUCAUCUGGCUUCUGAUUUGACACCCAAAAGCAUUAAACAUUAUACAACCUCUCCUCUUCUAACGUUAAAGAAUUUUCUGCUUUAAAAAAUUCGUAUCUUUCCAAGUGCUCUUAUAAUGACAGCCAAAGAAGUUCAUGGACUUCUAUUUUUCAUAAAUAAUCCUCUAUUUA